AUGGUCACUCAUGCACUCGAACCAAGGACACUGACACUGCCAUAUGGCACCAGCAUUGACAUCGACAUCGACAUUACCGCGCGGGAUAAAAAGUCACAACGAGACGCCAACGUGCGACCAGUUAGCGUAGCGCAGUCAACGCGAAUGGACGAAGACACGAAUAGUAUUGAGGCACAAGAAGCGUGCGCCGUCACGCGCCCACAACGUGUCAGCGGUUUACGUCGAUUCUUUCAAGCACACCAACUAUACGAGAGUGUGCAGCCAAUAUUCGCGGUAACUUUUUGGCAUGGCCUAACGCCGUUCUUCAUCAAAAGUGACGGCGCUGGCAAUAAAAAAUUGAAGGAGUCGAUUUUCGGUUAUCUCAAUACUUUGAUACACAUAACGGUGUAUGUGGCCUGCUAUGUGCUGACGUUGCUGAAUGAUUUCGAAACGGUCGCGGGUUACUUCUUUCACACGGGCAUCUCACGUUUCGGUGACACUAUGCAGAUUUUGAGUGGCCUUAUCGGCAUUACUGUAAUCUUUUUUACGGCUAUUCUUCCCAAACAUCGCCUCCAAUAUAGCUUAAGUACGAUGCAAGAUAUUGAUGUGCUGUUACGCAGUGUUGGUGUACAUAUCAGGUAUAGCAAAGUGUUGCGUUAUUGCUACCUGAGUUUGUUGGUGGUCUUCGUCGUGGAUUUUGCAUACUCGUUUGGUAAUUUUAUACUACUGAAAUCUGCUAACCUGGAGCCGUCGACGCCGCUUUAUAUAGUAUUUACACUGCAGCACACUGUGAUCUCGAUUGCCACAGCAAUGUUUCAAGGCAUUACAAAGAUGGUAGAAAUGCGAUUGGUUAUGUUGAAUAAGGUGAGGCAGCUACUUAGUUCGAAUACAAUAGUCCUGUUCGCGUCAAUAAUGCAUUUCUGGAAAGAGCUCUUCAGUCCGACUGAUGCCUAUAGCGCAUCACAAACUUUACUAUGGUUCAACUUUUUACUCGGCUUGACACCUUUUCGCAUACACGGCACAAUGUGUGGCCAACGUACGUUGCGCAUCAGCCGCUUGGGUUAUCUCAAUACGCUCUUGCAAGUGAUCUUCUUCAUGUACUGUUUUAUACAUUCGCUCGCGGAACAAGCAUCCAUUGUGGGCUUCUUUUUCAAAUCGGAAAUUUCACAAGUUGGUGAUACGCUGCAAAAAUUUAUCGGCCUACUAGGCAUGUUGACGCUAUUCGGCAUUAGUUUGAGUGAAUGUCGAGUGAUUGUGUCGCUGUGUAAUACGGUCGCAUAUGUGGAUAAGCGUUUUCUCAAUAUUGGUGUGACAUUUAAUUAUCAGUAUAUCAUGAAAUUGACACAUAUGAAAAUGUUCCUGAUUAGUGGCGCUCUCACCACCUACCUAAUAAUACUUCUGCAAUUCACAUCUUCUAAUACAACAGAGCAACAUUCACCGCAGGCGGGCCCUAACACAACGACUUUGAUGAAUCUCUUAACGAAUACCGCUACAACUGAACCGUAA